GCCGCCCACCUCCUCCCGCCGGCUCUGAGCCGUAGUGCGCCUGCGCAUCCUGUCCAGCGCGCGCGCCCGAGCUCGGCGCCCCUCCCCCGCUGCUCCUGAGCCCGGCUGCCCGUCAGUCCGUCAGUCAGUCGGUGGCUCAGUCGCUCGCCGUCCGUCUUCGGAGUCGCAGCUGCUGCUCGCUUCGCUGUUGUCCCAGUCCUCGUCUUCUCGCCUCGCCUCUGCCCUUCCCGCCUCCCGUUGGCGAGGCCAUGGCGGAGCCGUCGGCGGCCACCCAGUCCCCGUCAGUCUCCUCGUCGUCGUCGUCCGGGGCCGAUGCCGCCGGAGCCGUGGCAGGCGGCGGGGGAAGCCCCGGGGCCUGCUCAGGCCUGGGGGGCAAGAGCUGCGCCUCGUCCUGUGCGGAUUCCUUUGUUUCUUCCUCUCAGCCUGUAUCUCUAUUUUCGACCUCACAAGAAAAGAGCCAAGUAUUAGACAUUAAGCCUGUUUUGUCAAAAGAAGGAAAAGACGGUUUUGCUGAUGCUGCUGAUAAAAAGAUGGGGAGGUUUCAUGGGUCCAAUGGAGAGGCUGUGAUUGAAGCUCCAGCUGUUGGCUUUCUUAACACAGAAGCAGAAGUACACUGUGCUCGUCCAUCCAUUCCAACCAGUUUUCCUGAACAUCCUGCCUUUCUUAUAAAGGAAACUGGUCCAACUAAGCAUUAUAUAAAUAUAGACCAAGGAUUAAAGAACCAAAGUGAAGUACUAUCUAGGGCUGAUGAAGCUGCUUCAGAUGCUGAUGUCAAGUUUACUUUGCAGAAAGGUCAGAAACAAUCUGAGCCAGAAGGUGUCAGUAACCAUUCUUUGGCUCCAUCUGAAAUUUUUGGUGGUGUCAGUAUUGAAAAAGAUUCUCCUGAAUCCCCAUUUGAAGUCAUUAUUGACAAAGCAACAUUUGAUCAAGAAUUUAAAGACUCCUACAGAGAGAGCACCAGUGAACUUGGCAGCUGGGUGAUGCAUACUGACCCAGAGAUAACUACAAAUAGUUCACAGGACAGUAGCAGAAUGCUCCCAGUGAGAAACCGAGAGGAAAGGCAUUACCCACCUGCUGCCCUGCUCACCAGACAGUUUUCACGCACUACUGCUGCCCUAGAAGAGGUAUCAAGGUGUGUAAGUGAUAUGCAUAACUUCACCAAUGAAGUAUUGACUUGGGAUUUAAUUUCACAAGUAAAACAACCAGAAAAAUCUUCUGAAAACAUUGCUCAAGCUUCAAGUUUGGAUGAAAAUGAAUAUGCUUCAGAAAUUCCACUGUCACAUCCUAAAACAUGUGCUCAUCAGAACAUUCAGAAAAUCCCCAUACAUUCCGUUCAUGAGAAUGGGCCUCACACUGAAUCAGCAGCAUCCUACUAUGAGAAAGUUUCACCGGACGGUAUUGACUCUGCAAAGAAAGUCGGUAUGGGGCAGAGUGUGCUGGAAGGAGGGGAGACAUUUCUCAAAUUACUAGAGUCUCAAGGUGGAAAAUGUGCAUCAUCGGGCCUUGAGGGGAUUAUUGAAAAGGUAGUUUUACCUGAUGACCUUCUGAAGGUUGAACUCAAUGGGCAGAAUUCUAUGCUACUAGAAAUGAUAGAAGCCGAUAGUUCUGGUGAAUCGGAUGAUACUGUCAUUGAAGAUAUUGCGACAGAUACGUCAUUUGAAAGUGAUAAAAGAGAAUCUGAGAACGUUUUAUUCCAAGCUACUGGUGGUGUCACAAUUCAGGCAGAGAAACUUGCUUCUGAUCAGAGUAUUAUGAGAGAAGCAGAUGAAAGGGAAAUGAAAGAUAAAUACAGUCAGAAUGUUAGCAGUAAAUUAUGUGACAACUUCAGAGAUUCUAUUGAUGACUUUGAAACCUUACAAGUUCAGCCAGAUAUUCACAUAGAAUGUCCAGUUAGUGAGAUUUCACAUCCAGAGAUAAUUGCUGAUUCCACAACAAAGCACACAAAACUGUCUGGUGAGUUGGCUGAUAUUCUUAGCCUAAAGUCUGUUAAAAUGGAGCAUCUCGAGCUUUCUCCAGGAGAGACUUCAAGAGUGUUAGGAGGAGACUCCAUGAGAGAGAAUAACAGUGAUGACUCCCCAGAAGACCUUGCAGUGACACUUUUAGAAACCCAAACAAAUAAAGUGUCAGCUGAGGGAAAUACCUCUGAAGCAGCCCUAGAAGAGGCUAGAGUCAAAGAUACCGACAAUAAAUGUAUUGUGCCAAACCAGAGCACCAAUGGCAAUCAACUUCAGAAUGAUUUUCUCAAUCAGAGCACACCAGUAACAUCUCUAGACUUAGAACAAGAGCAACUUACAAUUAAGGCCCUUAAAGAAUUAGGUGGGAGACAUGAUGAGAGAAUAAAACCUUCACAAGAGGGUGUGAAAGCUUCCAUGGAAGAAAACUUCAUACAAACCUCAGCAAAUUUGGUCACUUCAACAUUUGCUCCAAAAUCUUUUGAGCCAGAUAGAUCAUAUGAUAGCCUGAGGGAUCAGGAUGUCAAGACUGCUUCUGGCCUUGACUCUGGAAUUACUCAAGAAACUACUGAAGUAGAAAUGAUGUCCAGCCUUAGCAAGACUGAACAGGUUAAUGAGCAUUUCCUAACAAGACUUCUCACUCACUUCUCAGUUCACGACCUCAUCUUCUGGCGGGAUGUCAAGAAGACAGGCCUCGUCUUUGGCACAACAUUGAUCAUGCUGCUUUCCCUAGCAGCUUUCAGUGUCAUCAGUGUGGCCUCUUACCUCAUCUUGGCUCUUCUCUCUGUGACCAUCAGCUUCAGGGUCUACAAGUCUGUCAUUCAAGCUGUACAGAAGUCAGAAGAGGGCCACCCAUUCAAGGCCUACCUGGAUGUGGACAUUGCUUUGUCCUCUGAAGCUUUCCAUAAUUACGUGAAUGCUGCUAUGGUACAUGUGAACAAAGCUCUCAAGCUCAUCAUCCGUCUCUUUCUGGUAGAAGAUCUGGUGGAUUCCUUAAAGCUGGCUGUCUUCAUGUGGCUGAUGACAUAUGUGGGUGCAGUUUUCAAUGGGAUUACCCUUCUGAUUCUUGCUGAACUGCUGGUCUUCAGUGUUCCAAUUGUCUAUGAAAAGUAUAAGACACAGAUUGACCAUUAUGUUGGCAUCGCUCGUGAUCAGACCAAGGCAGUUGUUGCGAAGAUCCAAGCAAAACUGCCUGGCAUUGCGAAGAAAAAGGCAGAAUAACAGCUCAGAAACUGGAAUUCCAACAGUUACUAAAACACCAUCUAAUAGUUAUAACCGUUGUUACUCGUACCUAUGAAGGAGUAUGCUCAUUGUCAGCUUGAGCCUGCAUUCCAAGUUGUUUUUUUUUUAAUUUGGUAUUUUUCCCCUCCCUCACCUUUGCCCUCAGUAUCAAGCACAAGAACAUUCUGGACUAAAAAGAACUGAUGUCUUAGAGUAAAAGAAAAACUCAUUACUAGGAUAAAUCCAUACCUAGUUUGGCAGGGGGUGGGAGGUGGUUUUCCGCUAGCUGGGACUGCAGAAUGAAAGAUUGGAAAGGAAUGGUGGAAAGGGAAGGAAGACGCCAACCACCUAAUGACGCCCACCUCCUGAGCUUUCCCAAUCUCUCAUCGUUAGCUUAGUUUUAUUUUUAAGUCGAAGGAAAACAGUUUUUAUUUUUGGCAAAUUAUUUGGGGGCAGGAGUAUGGGUAUGAAAGGACUCUUAAUAAUUUUCCCUUCUUCUGAGUCUUUGGGACCUCUUGGACCUCAUCGUCCUGCCCCAUGGUAGGAAAGGCUGACAUGGGUGGUUCCUGCUCUUCUUUCUAGUGGGACAUCUGAAAGAAAGGGAGAGCUUUUAGUUCCAUUUAAUACUUAGAAAUAAUAGGGAUUUUCCCUUUGCCUGAUAAGCAAGAUAUCAGUGGUGGAGAAUGGGGACCUGAAGGAAACCCAGAGAAGGACCAGCCUGCCACCCUCUCCUCCCUAAGCAAUUAUGAAAACACCGUUUUGAGAAGUAGGCAUUUGUUUUAUUCCUUUUCUGACACCAGUUCUGAGCUUUAGUCUUCUAUAACUCAUUCCUAUGAUGUGCUUUCCUCCCUCUCCCCCUCCUCACUUCAAGUUUAAUAAGGUUGUACUUUUCAUAUUAUGAAAUAAAAAGUCUGUAACUGCUGUACACUGCUGUAAACUUGUUAGAGAAAAAUAAUCUGCAUGUGGCCUCGUCAGUUGUAAUUCUCUCUCAGUCUGGGGUGGGAGAACGUGCUAAGAGGAACUUGUGAACCUCCCCCCCACCCCUCCCCUCCUUCUUAGCCCUGUUUUGUCUUUCCUCCUCCACGGGCUGUCUUUCCCCUACCUUUCUCAUCUCUGCCCUAAGGAGUGGUUUCCUGAGCUGGACUAAACACCAACCUCUGAUUCCCUAAAAUGGGGUUUAGGCUGAAGGCAGGAGGAAAUAAAGUUUUUGUUUUUGAAUCAGAAGGACAAAAUGCAGAUUAGUUUUAUAGAAGUACAUUUUGUGGUUUACAUGGGGUCUAGCCUCGUUUGGAGGGUAGCUUUGCAUUUGGAGGUUAUGUCUUUUUAUUUGGAAGGUUUUCUUCAUUUUUGGGGGGGCGGAAGUGGAGACCUUGUCUUUUCAACAUUUGCCUUGGCCCAAAUUGCCCCUCACUACAUGAUGAUUAAGGGGUUCCCGAGGCAGAGUUGGUGAGGUGCCCCCUCAUUGCCCCGGCAGAGGGCAAAUGGUGCAGAGCAGUUGGCCCAAGCUAAAUAGCGGGUCGACCUCGGCUGCUGGUGUCAAGAUUAAUUAGCACUCUGGUCUCUGCUAGAAAUGUCGGUCUCUCUUCCCUCCUAACGUUUUCUUCCUAUAGUAGAUUCGGGAAGCAUUUGAUUUUCGAUAAUACGGUUGUGGCCGAGUUCACUUGUGAGCUGCCGAAGGUGUUAAGUAGUGAAUGUGGAUAAUCUAGAGGAAGUGGACCUAUUUUUGUCUAGGCCCGCAAAGGCAGCUCAGUAGAAAGUAGCAUAGGAAAAGUUCUCCCUUUCUUGAAAAAAACUCCUUUUUAGGGACUUUCGAUGAGUAGUAGGAAGACUUUGGUGCUGGGAACUUGAGACAUUGUUGUUCCUCCCCGCUUUUCCUGUUCCUCUGCUCUCAUUCCUCUCCAGUCUGUUGUAUCGAAUGUGUCCUGAUGAGCCGAGCCUCUCUCCACCCUCCAGGGCACCGCUGGUCAUUGGGCUUCCCCCUCCAAGGGGUCUCUCUCUGCCCUGGGAGCCUCCAUGCCUUGCGCUUCUGUCUGUUCUAUUAUUACUGCUGUGUUUGAUCAUUGGACAGAUCUUUGUGCCAGGCAGGUUUUGUUGUUGUUGUUUUUUUUUUUUUAAGGAAAAAAAUGUAGACAAAAAAUUACUAAUGAAGCUCUGUGUGUGUGCGUGUAUGUGCGUGCAACAUAAAGUACAGUAGCGGCCCUUCUAAGGAGCCUAGAGAAUCUUGGUUCCUGUCAAACUGCAAAUUGAUGUGGUAUUAAUAAAAAGAACACAAUGUCUGUGA